AUAUGAGUCUCUUCGUCUUGAAUCAUUUUGUUGUUUAUUCGGCCCGAGACCAGUUUUAAUAAAAAUCAUAAAACCUAAUAUUUAAGCGAUAUGGGAGGGAAUAAUAGAAACAAGACCAAGACAAAUGUCUUCAAGGAAAUAGCUGACAACUUUGAGCAAUUAACCACCGAACCGGAACGCUUUCUAAAGCCACAGCCGGAAUCCAUUGAAUCCAUACACCAGUUGAUACAGCAAACUUAUGGAGUGAGCAUCAACAGCAGCAGCAGCGAUGUGGCAACUAAAAAUGCAGUCCUGCCCGAGCUUGUGCUAGAGGAUAUGGACGAGGAACAGAUUUGGCAACAGCUUGAAAUGCGCAACGACUUGGUGUUGAAACAGUUCCUUGAGCAAUCCGCCCAGCUGAUAGCCAUGCGGGAGCAGAACUUGGGAAUUGAACUUGAUGACGACGACGACGACGACGAAGAUGAUGAUGAGCAUGCGAAUGGGGAGGCAAGUGAGCCGGAAAGCGACGGGGAGUCCGCUGAGGAGGAGCAUCAAUCAGAGACGGAAGAUUUUGACUUGAAACCAUCAAAAUCCAAGAAAAUCAUGACUAAAAGUGGGAAGAGGGGAAGAAGUUCAGUGGUCGAUGACAAAUUCUUCAAACUGGACGAAAUGAAACAGUUUCUGGAGCAAGAAGAUGCCAAAGAGAUGCGCAAACAAAAAACCACAAAACCUAUUGACGACCCAGAAGCCAUUGAUUAUUUCACAGAAGAUUUCGGAUUGGCGGAUGAUUCGGACGAAUCAGAUGAAGAAGGUGGCGAUAAUGCCAAUUAUGCGGACUUUUUCGAUAUGGACGAUGAGCUGCAGAAGGAGGCGACAAAGAUGCAAGAGCUGAACGGACAAAAAGAUUUCUUCAAUGAAAGCGAUAGCGAGCAGGAUGAAAAUGAAAAGGAUGCAGAAGAAAGUGCUGCAGAAGGUGAGGGUCAACCGGAAGAAAUGGCAAAUGAAAUCGAUGAAGCUAAUUUUGUGGCCCAAAGUGGUAUGGAACCUGCCAGUGAUUCCGAUUCAGCGAAUGAGAAUAGCGAUGAUGAGGAUAAGGCUGAGCAGCAGUCCGCGGAGGUGGUGCAGUCGACCAAUGAGAUGCGCGAGGCACGCCUGUUUCAGCGCAUUCGCGACUAUGAAGAUGUGGUGCUUGGCGAGAAGCCCUGGCAGCUCAAGGGCGAGGUCCAAGCGGGCAGUCGUCCGCAGAACUCGUUGCUGGAGGAGAUACUCGAGUUUGACUCGACAACACGACCGUCAAAUCCUAUUACCGAGGAGCAGAAUCAAACUAUCGAGGAUAUAAUUAUGCAGCGUAUACGUGACAAAGCCUGGGACGAUGUGGAGCGCAAGGUGCGACCGGUGCACACGCCCCAGGAGUACCGGAAACAGCUCGUUCUCGAUCAGGAGAAGUCCAAGCUGUCGCUGGCCCAAAUCUAUGAGCAGCAAUUCCAGAAAGAGUUGGAUAAUUUAAAUCCCAAUCGUGAUGAUGACGACAGCACAGCUCCAGAGCCCAAAGAGCAUCAAGAUAUUAAACGAGACAUGCGUCAACUAUUCCUCAAGCUCGAUGCCCUUUCCAACUUCCAUUUCACGCCCAAGCCGGUGGCGCCCGAGGCUAAGAUUGUCACCAAUACGCCCGCCAUCAAUAUGGAGGAGGUGGCGCCUUUAGCUGUCAGCGAUGCGAAGCUCCUGGCACCCGAGGAGGUCUUCCGUGGACCCAAACACACGCCGCUGGGCAAAACAGAGCGGACGAGCACCGACAAAAAUCGCGAGCGUCGCAAGAAGAAGCAGAAACAACGCGCCAUUAACAACGUAAUGGAAAAGCGAGAAGUUGAGCGUGCCAAGCAGGGCAAGGCACCUUCGCAGCGGGAAUCAAACGCCAAGCUGCUGAAGACAAUCACAAAGAGUCGGAACGUGCACAAGAUUACCAGCAGUAACGAUCAGAGUGCACUGAAAUCCUCGAGGGCAUUCUUUAAUAAGCUGCAGGACACAACAACAUCGUCGACAAUAGCAACGGGUAGCAAACGUCCCAAGAAGGAUCCUUCUAGAGCAAAUGCAAAGAAACUCAAAUUGUAAAUGUACACAUUAAGUCGGUAUAUAAAUGUUAAUUAUAUUUGCACAAACUUCUGAACUCAAAGCAGUUCCCA